GUAGUAGCCUAGUACUAAUACUACCAUAUGCCACCGGGCACUGAUCAAUAGGAAGUUUUGGGAGUUCUAUUAUUAUUAGAUAGAAGAUACACAGAAACAGCAGCAUCACGACAAUCAUUUAUCUUCUGAUCCUCCUCCUCCCACAUGCUAUUUGUGGGUUGGGCACGUACGUGCAUUUUCCAACUAAUAAUAAUGAUGGAAACUUACCAAACUCACUCUCAAGUCAGUUUGCUCAUUGUCCAUCAUAUAAAAGAGCUUUCUUCACCUUCACUUGUUCUAGCUUGACCCCCUCCUCCUCCUCCAGGAUCGGAGAUCAAUAGUGACCAGGCUCAGUACUUGUCGUCCAAGCUCAGAUAAUUGUAGGUAGCACUUAGCAGUCGCUGCAAAAAAGACCAGCGAGUAGACGGUACUCCGUAUAUAAAUAUAUAUAAUACUCGAUCAGAAGCUAGCUUAAUUUUGUCCAUCAGCCUCUCUCUUGAUUAGGACUUGCCACUGCAGUUGAGUCCUGUGCGGCAGAGGCGAAUUGGGAAAAAUGGAAGAGGUGAAGAAUGGCGCGGAAGGUAGCAGGGGUGGCCAUGAUCAUGUGAAGAAGGACGACAAUGUUGGAGAUCAGAUCAAUGAAAAGGUAGACUAUGUGUUCAAGGUGGUGGUGAUCGGAGACUCUGCGGUGGGCAAGUCUCAGAUACUGUCCAGGUUUACCAAGAAUGAGUUCUGCUUCGAUUCCAAAUCCACCAUUGGAGUCGAGUUCCAGACCAGGACUGUCAACAUCAACUCCAAAGUCGUCAAGGCCCAGAUCUGGGAUACUGCUGGCCAAGAAAGGUACCGAGCUGUGACGAGUGCAUACUACAGAGGUGCGCUGGGGGCCAUGUUGGUGUACGACAUUACCAAAAGGCAGUCAUUUGAUCAUGUAGCCAGAUGGGUGGAGGAACUGAGGGCUCAUGCAGAUAACUCCAUCGUCAUCGUGCUGGUCGGAAACAAAGCUGAUCUCGUGGACUUGAGGACCGUGCCGGCGGAGGACGCCGUGGAGUUCGCAGAAAACCAGGGCCUGUUAUUCUUUGAGACAUCAGCACUCAACGGUGACAAUGUGGACGCUGCAUUCUUUAAGCUCCUCGAGGAGAUACACAACGCGGUGUCCAAGAAGUGUUUGGAUAGCCGCGGCGCCGGCGGAAUCAGAGCCAAUGCCACCGACCAAGGUUCCUUCAAGGGUUUGAAAAUUGAUGUCAUUUCUAGUGCAGAAUUUGAAGUCAGUGAGAUGAAGAAAUCGUCCUCUUGCUCUUGCUAAAUAAUUUCAUGUUGCUGUACUUAACUGUCUGUGUAUAUUGAUUCUACUACUGCUACUACUUCACAAGGGAAUAUUGGAGGGAAAAGGAGAGAUCAUUUGAUGCA